AUGGCAUCGAAACCCCCUGCCUCCGAAAUCCACCAUGUCAUUGACCUCCUCAUUGACAACCUCAUAAACAUUCGCGACGACACGGGCCAAUUUCUCCUGCACCUGAAAGAUGGCCGCACCAUCCAGGCGAAAUGCUGGAACGGCUGGGAAUGGACCCAUGGCAUCGGGCUGUACGGUGUAUGGAAGUUCUACGAGAUAACAGGCCAGGCCAAGUACCUUAAGAUUAUCGAGGACUGGUUUGCUGAGCGCUUUGCUGAAGGCGGUACUACUAAAAAUAUUAACACGAUGUCUGUCUUCCUGACUCUUGCCUAUGUUUAUGAGAAGACAGGUAAUAUUACCUACCUCCCCUGGCUCGAUGCAUGGGGUGAAUGGGCGAUGCACGAGUUGCCACGCACCAAGUAUGGUGGUAUGCAGCAUAUCACCUACGUCGCGGAGAAUGACCAGGAGCUCUGGGAUGAUACUCUUAUGAUGACUGUGAUGCCGCUUGCUAAAAUCGGAAAACUCCUUCAUCGACCUGAAUAUAUUGCCGAAGCGAAGCGACAGUGUCUUAUCCACGUAAAGUAUCUCUUCGACACAAAAACGGGUCUCUUCUUCCACGGCUGGCGAUUCGAGAAUGGGGGACAUAAUUUUGCGGAUGCAAGGUGGGCGCGCGGGAAUAGCUGGUGCACCAUCGUUAUCCCAGAGAUCCUCGAGUUGCUGGAACUAGAGCCAAGUGAUCCUAUCCAGUCCCAUCUCUGUGACACACUUGAGGCGCAGUGCGAAGCACUGCAGCGGUCCCAAUCUGUAUCGGGUGCUUGGCAUACGCUUAUCGAUCACCCGGACUCGUACCUUGAGGCAUCAGCAACUGCUGGAUUUGCCUAUGGUAUUCUGAAGGCUGUACGAAGGCGGUACAUCGGGUCGCAGUACCGGGCUAUGGGAGAGAAGGCUAUCUUCUCUGUGCUGAAAGAUGUAGAUGAAAAGGGAGAGCUCCAGAACACUAGUUUUGGCACGCCUAUGGGCCACGAUCUUCAGUUUUACAAGGAUAUCCCUCUUACUGCCAUGCCGUAUGGCCAGGCCAUGGCAAUCAUGGCUCUGGGGGAGUAUCUAUGGACCUACCUGUAA